UGACCUUUGACAUGUUUGCGCGCUCGGCGUUGUACGCGUCGGGUUCGUAAAUGUUCCGAUUUUGCAGUGGGAAAAAAAAAGUGGCGAUGACUUUGUCAGAGUAAAUAUUCAUGGCGAAGUAUUUAAAGACACCACGGUCGAAGGAGGAGGAAGUGCACGAAACGAGUGAAGACAGGAUUAAAACAAUGACCGGCACCAGUCUGAACAAACUGUCACUGGAGAACGAGUUGGGAGAUUCACUGGAUUCUACUGAAAUCAGUGCCACGCAGCCUGGGCCUUGUGAUGUCUUCCCACUAAUCACUAGGCAUCUCAUUGAAAUCAGGAUCUCUUUCUCGAGUUGCUACAUCACUGAACUGCAAGUACUUCAGAAUCAGAAUCAGAAUCAGCUUUAUUGGCCAGAAAAGUCAGCCAGUGCAUCAGCCUACAGCUCAUCUGGGGUCUGGUCUUACUUUCCCCCUUGCCUCACUUUCUCUACCCCUCUGCUCACUGAUACUUCUGCCAGCACUGCUGCCUCUUUUUCUUCCUUGCCUUUCAUUCUUCCAAUUUCCCCACUCCUCAUCCUCCUCAUCUUCAAGCCACCAUGGUGAACAGAUAACCGCUCGGCCGUCCUGAGACCAUGGGUACCUGUCUCUGCAAAGGUCACAAAGAGCUCCACCUUCCCAUGACAGCACUGCAGGACCAGAGUGAGGAGGGUCAGCCAUCCUUUGUCAAGGACAGCCAGAAUCCUUCCAAUGGCAGUGUGGCAGACAAAACCAGCCGCUACAACAUUGGAGAACUGGCCACUUCCUCUUUGAUAGGUCUGGUGGCCACAAUAAAGGAGCAUAUCACCAAACCGACAGCAAUGGCUCAGGGGCGAGUUGCUCACCUGAUUGAGUGGAAGGGUUGGGGUGGAGGCAGCGAGGCCGGAGGACGCGGGGGCGGUUGGAGUGGGACCUGGGGUAAAGGAGGUGGAGGCUGGGGUGGGGUGGGGGCUGAGCUGCAGGAGGAUGAACACUUCUACUCCCAAAUGACAGAUGAGAUAAAGGAAGCUCGCUUUGCUGCAGGAGUAGCGGAGCAGUUUGCACUGGCUGAGGCCGCCAUGAACAUGUGGUCCAUGAACGACAGCUUAGAGCAGCCCUCCACUAGCUUACAAGCAGCACAGAGCAACUUCCUGUCUCAGUUCCUGCUGGAUGGUGGCAGUGUCGGCGUUCCCCAGCACCUGUAUAGCAUCCACACCCAGGCUUAUGGCAGCAACACACUGGCCAGCCUGGUUGCUUCGCCACCGGUUGACUCCAUUUCUCCCUCAUCCACCUCUCAGCAGGACAGACAUCAUCACUUCGAGGACAGAAGCAUUGUGAGUGGCGAGGCUACUGUCCGACAUGUAGACAGCAGCUCACUAUCUGAGGAUGAUGUUUUUUAUAACUAAGGUUAUCAGGAAAACAAGCCAGCAAUCUUGAUGGCAGUGUCUGAAAUCAACCACCAGCAAUGACUGAUACAAAAAAUAUACUCAGACAUCGGUGAGAUGUCUCAAGAGGCAAUUCCUCAAACGACUGGUCUGGAAAGGUUUAAGAACUGCUUCUUCAGAUAUGAAGACUCCAAAUAGUAUUUUCUCCUUGGUUUUCUCCUUUUCUUAAUGUACAUACUUCCACCCAUACAUUUUAAUUUUUUAUUCAAUGUACAUUAAAACCCUUCCUAUUGUAUGUAGAACUGAACUGUGAAGGUGUAAAUAUCUUGCUAUAAAACAUUGAUUUUAAUACAUGUGCUCUAUAAGGCUGUCAAGUUCUGUUUUGGAUUCUGUUUUUCUUUUACUCUGACAGAUUGAACGGAUGAAUUUGUCCACAAGUUCACCAUACAGAGCCAAACAAGUGUGACAGUGUCUCUCCUUUGAGAUUUCCUAUCUGAAUCUGGAGAUAAGAUGUCUCUGCUAUGAAUGGCUAUUAUUCACACUUUUCUGUUAGAGAGCGAGAUGCAAGUAUGUAUGUUUAGCAAGUCUGUGUGUGUAAGAGAUGGCUGGAGAAUGGGGCUGUUAGACCAUAUUCACAGAGACUUUUAGUCUAUGUGAGAAAAGCACAGCGCUUCCUAUCCUGAAUGGGGAAACUGUGGUGACUUAUUGAGGAGGGUCACACAAAAAGACAGAAUUGUGCAGCAGCCAUGUUGGAUCUGGUUCAACUUUUUCUGCGUUUCAGUGUGACACCAUCAUCACAAUCACAAUCACAUGCAAGCAUGCAUUCCUGGUAUUUUACUAAGUGAAGGCCAUACUUCUGCUGUUUAUCGUUGCAACCAAAGAUAUACCAUUUGCCUUGUUAGAAUUUUAGAGGGCUGUAAAAUUUUGUUUUAAACACACAAAUCUACUUCACGGAUCAUAAUUCAUUGACUCACCAGUACAUGAAACAAAACCACCAAUGCAGUUCCUGGCGUUGUUUUAACCUGGGACAAGUGUCUGUGUGAAUCCAGUUGUUUCAGUGCAGGUUUACACAGAGUGAAGCUGUACUCUACUGUGUGAUGCGUUGCUGCUGCUUCCCCUUUUGUUAUCUCAGUCUAGCCUUGAAUGGAGUUGAACUGCUGCAGAUAAAACUGAACAAAAGGCUGCAUGUGGCUGGAAUAACCGCACACAAAGCAAAACAGUCGGCUGGUUUAAGGUCUAAUUGUUGCUCUGAUGUCAAAUUAGGCAGUUAUUCUUUGAUAAGCUACAAGUUAUUGUUGUGUUAUAUCUGGUUGGUCUAUAAAAUUAUGGUUUUAGACAAAAUCCUAGUUUUUUUUUUUAUGUUUCCGCACCAGUGAUAGCCACAGCCAGAGGCAUUAUGUGUUCAGGUUGUACAUCUGUCCGGCCCAUUUUAGUGAAUGCAUUACAUCAGGAAUGGCUUGUGGAAAUUUCAUUGAAUUUGGCGCAGGUGUCCACUUGGACUCAAAGAUUAAAUGAUUAUAUUUUGGUGGUCAAAGGUCAAGGUCAGUGAACCCUUUGUCUGUCCAAUUUCCAAGAUUUAGACUGGUUGGCAGAGGCAUAGUGAUGGCUAAAGCCACUAUGUAUAGAUUCUGUGUAGACAAAUGAGACAAGCCAGGUGAAUAUUGUUUCAGUGUAUGUGUGCCACAAGAUAGUGAUACAACUAUGUCACAACUGGAUUUGGGUGUGAUUGAUAUACUGUACGGUGAUUUACUCAUCCCAGGGGAGAUUCAGUAUGAUUCAAUUGUCUGCUAUGGGAUUUUCAUAGUGUACUGACAUGAAUUAGAAACAGUGUGUGCCUGGAAUAAAUAAAAAAGUAAAAAGUCACUCUCACAGGUCAAGGGUUUUCAAACUGUGAGGUGUGCCUCCAUAUGGGAAAAACACAUGUAGAGGCAGCAAAGAGGGAGAGAUGUGAGGCAAAGAUACUCUUAUCGGGUGAAAGGGACAGAUGUGUGCUGGUGUUCUGAAAACAAAUGGAAAUUAGUUAUUGUAGUUCAGCCUGCUGAUUUGCCAUGCUUACCAAUACAGUCAUCAGUCCCAGUGAGACUCAGCUCUUGGAGGCACUUAAAGAUGAACUUUGUCAAUUUUCAAUGAGGGUUUAAUAAUUAUACAGUAGAAUUGGUAGUAUACUUUAUCUAAAUCAUCUUCCCUCCCUUCAUAUUUCUGCUUCCAAAAUUUACUCUCAAUUGCCAGUCUCUCCCUGCCUUUAGUUACCUGUAUCUUGCGUUUUCAAAAUUAAUUGUUUGCUCCCUUUUUCACCCUCAAGAACAAACAAUAUUCCCCCUUGUUUCAUAUUUCCAUUUACUGAGUUUACCUCUUGGUUAUUACCUUCAGUAGAAGCUGCUAGACACCUCAACACUUGAUUAUGUCUCCAGACAUGAUACACAUAUUGUUUGAUUCAUAGUGACCUGCACUUCUCCAAGAUAUCAUUAU